GAGGGGAAGGCCGGGCCGCUCGCUAGCGGGCGGAGGACCGCGCCCCUGAGGCCUGCUCGGGAGGCCCGGCUUCCCCGUGGACGCGGUCGGCCCGCCGGCCCCAGACGUCUGUCGGGAGGCCCGGGCGGAGUGUAAUCUGUUGAAAGCCAUGCAACACUCAAGGAGAGUGCUGAGGAGAGCGAGGACAGAGAGUAGCCCAGGAACGAGGGGCAGCCUCAGGUCCGAGGAACUAACUUGCUGAAACCUUGAACUCAGUGGGGGAGCCUGUGACUGGGAGUGUGGACCGGGCCUGCACCAUGUGCUGUGUGAUGGGUUGUUGACUGUGGAGCGUCAGCUGCCCCACCUCCCUGCUGACCAUGGAGGAAGAUCUGGAGCAUCCAAACUCCUCCUCGGAAAAACGCUAUUUUCCUGAAUCCCUGGAUUCCAGCGAUGGAGAUGAGGAGGGGGUUCUGGCCUGUGAGGAUCUGGAAUUGAACCCCUUUGACGGGUUGCCAUAUUCUUCACGUUACUAUAAACUUUUGAAAGAAAGAGAAGAGCUUCCGAUAUGGAAAGAAAAGUACUCCUUUAUGGAGAAGCUGCUUCAGAGUCAAAUUGUGAUUGUUUCAGGGGACGCCAAAUGCGGCAAGAGCUCUCAGGUUCCUCAGUGGUGUGCAGAAUAUUGCCUUUCCAUCCACUAUCAGCAUGGGGGCGUAAUAUGCACACAGGUCCACAAGCAGACCGCGGUCCAGCUCGCACUGCGGGUGGCGGACGAGAUGGACGUAAACAUUGGUCAUGAAGUUGGCUACGUGAUCCCCUUUGAAAACUGCUGCACCAGUGAAACAAUCCUGAGGUACUGUACUGAUGAUAUGCUGCAGAGAGAAAUGAUGUCCAACCCUUUCUUGGGGAGCUACGGGGUCAUCAUCUUGGAUGAUAUUCACGAGAGAAGCAUCGCGACCGACGUGUUGCUGGGACUUCUCAAGGACGUGUUACUAGCGCGCCCCGAACUGAAGCUCGUCAUUAACUCCUCGCCUCUCCUGAUGGGCAAACUCAGUGCUUAUGCCAAUGCACCUGUCAUAGAAGUGAAAACUAAGUGGCCUGUGGAGGUUGUGUACCUUAGUGGGACUCAGCAGGAUUCCUUCCAGUCUAUUUUACGCCUUAUCUUGGAAAUUCACCGCUCGGGUGAGAAGGGUGACAUCGUAGUCUUUCUGGCCUGUGAACAAGAUAUUGAAAAAGCCUAUGAAAUUAUCUGUCAAGAAGGAUCAAGUUUACACCCAGACCUGGGUGAACUGGUGGUGGUUCCUUUGUGUCCCAAAGAGAAGUGCACACUGUUCAGGCCAGCUGAUGACACCGAGAGGAGAUGCCACGUGUACCAGAGGAGAGUGGUGCUGACCACUAGCUCCGGGGAGUCUUUGAUCUGGAGCAGCACUGUCCGCUUUGUCAUUGACGUCGGUGUGGAAAGAAGGACGGUAUACAACCCCAGAAUCAGAGCCACCUCCCUCAUCCUGCAGCCCAUCAGCCAAAGCCAAGCGGAGAUUCGCAAGCAGCUUCUCGGGUCAUCUUCCUCAGGAAAACUUUUCUGUCUAUACACUGAAGAAUUUGCCUCCAAAGAUAUGAAGCCAUUGAAGCCACCAGAGAUGCAGGAAGCCAACCUAACCAGCCUGGUGCUCUUUAUGAAGAGGGUGGACAUCGCAGGCUUAGGUCGCUGUGACUUCAUGAACCGACCAGCACCAGAAAGCUUGAUGCAGGCACUGGAAGACUUAGAUUACCUGGCAGCCCUGGACAAUGAUGGGAAUCUUUCUGAAUUUGGAAUCAUCAUGUCUGAGUUUCCUCUGGAUCCACAGCUCUCAAAGUCUAUCUUAGCAUCCUGUGAAUUUGACUGUGUAGAUGAAAUGCUAACCAUCGCUGCCAUGGUAACAGCUCCUAAUUGCUUUUCCCAUGUACCCCAUGGGGCUGAGGAGGCUGCUGUGAUGUGUUGGAGGACGUUCCUACACCCUGAAGGUGAUCACUUUACCCUCAUCAACGUUUACAAGGCUUACCAGGACACAGCUCUGAACUCUGCCACUGAGCACUGUGUGGAGAAGUGGUGCCAUGAUUACUUCCUCAACUGCUCUGCUCUCAGGAUGGCAGACGUUAUCCGAGCUGAACUCCUUGAAAUCAUCAAGCGAAUUGAGCUUCCCUAUGCAGAACCGGCCUUCGGGUCCAAAGAAAAUAAUCUGAACAUCAAGAAGUCUCUGCUGUCCGGUUACUUCAUGCAGAUUGCUCGCGAUGUUGACGGGUCGGGUAACUACCUAAUGCUUACACACAAGCAAGUUGCUCAGCUGCAUCCCCUGUCCAGCUACUCCAUUAUCAAGAAGAUGCCCGAGUGGGUCCUCUUCCACCAGUUCAGCAUAUCGGAGAACAACUACGUGAGGAUCGCCUCAGCAGUCUCUCCCGAACUGUUUAUGGAACUGGUACCACAAUACUAUUUCAGUAAUCUGCCUCCUAGUGAAAGCAAGGACAUUCUACAGCAAGCUAUGGGCCACCUUUCCCCCAUUUCAACCAUGAAAAAGGAGCAGGACGUGUGUGAGAAGUGCCCAGAUGCUACGGAACAGAGGUGCACUGUUCAGUGACUGCUCAGCAAGCUCACAGUGCAGUAAGGGCCCGGGAGCCUGUGUAGACGCAGCCAGCUGACGGACAGCACCCACUGUGCAGUCCUGGAGAAAUAAACUUCCAAUGAGAUUCUAAAAUUUAAAAAAAGGUUUUUUUAAUUGAGUUCCUAAAGUUACUACUCCAUGUUUUUCUUAAGUUUUUAAUCAUUAUUUGACCAAAAAUUUUAAAACAGCAUCUCAUAAAUGUGUCACAGACACAUGGAACAAAACCCUACGUUUUGUAGAGGACUUGAAUCUGAAUAAAGUCAUGAGGUUUUUUUUGGUAAA